AUGACUUUCAUCAGUGAAAGCAAUGAUAAAAUAUCAACAAAAAGGCCCAAUCCCACAGAUGAUGAAGACGUCACAUUUUUUUUCUUUUACGAUAUAGUUAAACAAUUAAUUUUAAAACGAAAUGAUAUCGGAGAUGCUAGUGUAUUAUCAAACUGGUUGAAAGUGUUGAAACAGAAUACAAAUAAAACUGUUCGAGAUGAAUACAUAAAACUUAUGAUGUUGGCAUUACAAUAUCCGGAUCCAAUCUGUCCGUUUAAAGACCCUCCUCCUGCGACAAUAGAUCCUUUAGAAAAUAGAGUGAUCGAAAUGGCUAGGAAAUUCAUAAAGAAAGAAGGAACUGCAACGUGCAUCGAGGAUAAUGAAUACGAUUUCGAGGAGACUUAUCCGACAAUUAUCACAGCAAUAUCCAACAACAAAUGCCAAUAUGCUGCGUAUCAAAAUACACCGAAUACGGGUGUUCAAUGUUAUUAUGCCUUUUCAGACGAACCAAUGUAUAAUUGGUCAUUAUCAUCGAAAAUAGAAGUCCCUAAUAGUGGUCCACAUGCCACGUAUAUUGAAUGGGAAAGAGCACUAGCGGGUAUUAAAUUAAAAUUGGUCACGUCGAUCACAGACAUUUUAAAAAUGCCGAACGUCCGAGAAAAUGUCACCGUUAAAGAUGACGUAAGCGAAGUCAAAAUAUCAGUUUCUGGCAAAAACAGGAUUUUAAGGAAAAAAUCAAAUACAUUGAAAGAAAGCGAGGACAUUUUAGAUGUAAGCAUUGUAAUGAACAUAGAACAACAAAACCGAAAUGUGUCCGAAGUAUUCGUGUGGAAUGAUGCUAAUCUAUUAACUGGAGAGAUGAGACUUGGCGCAGAAAAGUGUUCUGAUCGAAAAGUUUAUGCCCAAGUAAAGACACGCGAUGCCUAUGAUAAGCUUUAUCCAGGCGAUUUCACGAUAGACGUAGUGCAGUCUGUUAUCAACGAUAUAAUUCCAAUGGAGACAAACGUUGUUACCGAAGCGGACGACAAAAAAGAAGAACGACAAUCUCGACCACAACAACAAUCAUCACAUCUACGACCGUCGGCACAGGACGGCGGUGCGAUGAAAGAUCAACGCGCGUGCUCUGUGCCGAAAUCGUGUACGAUCCGACAGAGCGCCGGCCACGGGAACGUGAAACCGUACGAAGAACGGCUGUCCGCAGAUUUCCUCGCCGGAAACCGCGACCGCCGUCAAGAGAGUCGCGACGCGGACGCCUAUCCGCCGGCGAGUCGUCCGACCCCGACCGACGACUGCCGAGUCGCGGUGGCGACGAAGAAUCCUAAUGGAGGAUCAACAUGGUUUUCGUCCAGAAACCUUUACUGUCCUUUGUCAUCUCCUUGUCCUUAA